GUAAUAAUAGCUUCAGUAGCCAACAGCUCUUUGUCUGUACACUGCUGGUUUCAAAAGGAUUCUCUUUUAUACAAGCAAAAGAAACAAAGAAAAAAAAUCAAAAGAGCUUAAUCAAGAAAGAUAUGUUUGGCAAUUGUGACCAGAACAAGAAGAUGCCUAUCAUCAGCUCUCCCAACACCAAUCCACUGGUCUCUCUCUCUCUCUCUAAAUAAUAUGACUCAUUUAUCUUUUGUUUCUUAGCUUUUGGAUCCGAAUAAUAUCCUCUUGUCCUCUCUUUGUUCUCUUGCCUUUAGUUAAACCACACGAUCUAAAAAUCCCUUCUCUCUUUCUUUCUUUCUUUUUUUCUCUCCCUCUCUUCUCAGGCGAGUAUGCAAAGCAAGAACAUGAUCGUGGCUUCAUCUCAUCAGCAGCAACAACAACAGCAACCGCAGCAGCCACAACCGCAACUUAAAUGCCCUCGUUGCGAUUCUUCCAACACAAAGUUCUGCUACUACAACAACUACAGCCUCUCUCAACCACGGCACUUUUGCAAGGCUUGCAAGAGGUACUGGACGAGAGGUGGGACUCUCAGGAACGUUCCCGUAGGGGGUAGCUACCGGAAGAACAAACGUGUAAAGCGGCCAUCAACCGCAACCACAACCACUGCCUCCACCGUCUCGACGACUAAUUCUUCAUCCCCUAAUAACCCUCAUCAGAUCUCUCAUUUCUCUUCCAUGAAUCAUCAUCCUUUGUUCUAUGGUUUAUCAGAUCAUAUGAGCAGUUGUAAUAAUAAUCUUCCAAUGAUCCCAAGCCGUUUCAGUGAUUCUUCAAAGACUUGUUCAUCAAGUGGUUUAGAGAGUGAGUUUCUCUCAUCUGGUUUUAGCAGUCUUAGUGCUCUUGGAUUAGGGCUUCCGCAUCAGAUGAGUCAUGACCACACCAUUAAUGGUAGCUUCAUCAACAACUCCACAACAAACAAACCCUUUCUUCUAUCGGGUCUAUUCGGAUCCUCGAUGUCUUCUUCUUCUACUCUUCUCCAGCACCCACAUAAACCCAUGAACAAUGGUGGUGACAUGUUGGGACAAUCCCAUCUCCAAACCCUAGCAUCACUUCAAGAUUUGCAUGUUGGAGGUAACAAUGAAGAUAUGAAGUACAAAGAAGGAAAGCUUGAUCAGAUCUCUGGGAACAUCAAUGGGUUCAUGUCAUCAUCAUCAUCUUUGGAUCCUUCAAACUACAACAACAUGUGGAAUAAUGCAAGUGUUGUCAAUGGAGCAUGGCUUGAUCCAACAAAUAAUAACGUUGGAUCCUCCCUCACCUCUUUGAUAUAAACCAAAACUUUGGUUAUAUGAUCUAUAACUAGGUAGGGUUUAUCUUUCUUUUUUUCCUUUUUGUUAUGAGAUGAGAGAAGAAGCUUGGAUCAGAGAGAUCUAAUCAGGGGAAAUGUUGAUCUUGGCACUAUAAAGCUCCCUCGGAUCCUCUUCAUCUCACCAUCUCAAUCAUCUUCCUUCGCGUAGUUCAACAAAAAACAAAAAGGGUUCAAGAUUGGUUCAAGGUUUACUAUGGUCUCUUGUUAAGUUUACUCGAGGUAAAUGAUAUGUGUAUGUACAUAAUAUGGUCCUGACUUUGAUCUUUUUCCUUUUCUCUUUCCCAUCUGUGUAA